GAGGUGCUACGGCAGCGGGAGUCCAAGUGGCUGGAUAUGCUCAACAACUGGGACAAGUGGAUGGCCAAAAAACACAAGAAGAUCCGGCUGCGGUGCCAGAAGGGGAUCCCGCCCUCGCUGCGGGGCCGUGCCUGGCAGUACCUCUCCGGGAGCAAGGUGAAGUUGGAGCAGAACAUCGGCAAGUUUGACGUGAGUGCCGCCGGGGACCUCGUUGCGCGGCCGGGGAGGGGGCAGCAGGACCUGUUUCGGGUGCUGAAGGCAUACACUCUGUACCGCCCAGAGGAGGGCUACUGCCAGGCCCAGGCCCCCAUCGCCGCUGUCCUGCUCAUGCACAUGCCAGCUGAGCAAGCGUUCUGGUGCCUGGUGCAGAUCUGCGAGAAGUACCUCCCCGGCUACUACAGCGAGAAGCUGGAGGCCAUUCAGCUGGACGGGCAGAUCCUCUUCUCGCUGCUGCACAAGGUCUCGCCUGUGGCCUACAAGCACCUGAGCAAGCAGAAAAUCGACCCCAUCCUCUACAUGACGGAGUGGUUCAUGUGCGCCUUCUCCCGCACUCUGCCCUGGAGCUCUGUCCUGCGCGUCUGGGACAUGUUCUUCUGUGAAGGGGUGAAGAUCAUCUUCCGGGUGGGCCUCGUGCUGCUCAAACACACCCUGGGCUCCUCGGACAAGCUCAAGUCCUGCCAGGGCCAGUAUGAGACCAUGGAGAGGCUGAGGGCCCUCAGCCCCAAGAUCAUGCAGGAGACCUUCCUGGUGCAGGAGGUCAUCGAGCUG